AUGACUGCCCUCAAAGAAGGCGACAGCUUCCCAGAAGGUGUCGUAUUCUCCUACGUCCCAUACACCGAAGAAUCAGCCGGCAUCACCUCAUGCGGUAUUCCCCAAAACUAUAACGCAUCGAAAGAAUGGGCGGACAAGAAGGUCGUGCUUUUUGCGGUGCCUGCUGAAUAUCUGGGGGGUGGAUCAGGCGCAUUCACACCCAGCUGCUCGGUGAGGCAUCUUCCAGCAUACAUUGAGAAUUUGGACAAGAUCAAGGCGAAGGGUGUUGAUAUAGUGGCGGUGCUGGCAUACAAUGAUGCUUGGGUGAUGAGUGCUUGGGCAAAGGCGAAUGGAAUCAAAGAGGAAAUCCUCUUCCUAAGCGAUCCAGAAACCAAGUUCUCGACGGAACUAGGUUGGACGACGGGUCCGCGAACAGCGAGAUAUGCCAUGAUUAUCGACCACGGGAAGGUGGUGUAUGCGGAAAAGGAGCCUGGGAAGGACGUCACAGUUUCGGGCGCAGAGGCUGUAAUGGCAAAACUUUGA